UGUAUGUGGAUUGAGAUGUAUGUAGCAUGUUAUACUCGGAAUUGCUCGGAGUUGCAAGAGUUAAUUUUCACUUGAUUUUAUCUAUUGACGUGAAAAAUGGGUAAAGAGAAUGAAUCGGAUAGUGUGAAAAAAAGAAGAAAAUCUGUGAGUGCAAACAGCGGAACCUCAAUGAAAGACGGAGAUAUGUAUAAGAUAAUAAUUAAUUAUGAAGAGAAAGAAGCUGUUGAGAGAUUGUCUGAGGAUGAUUCUGAAUGCUUUCUGGCAACUUGUAAUGAUAUUCGAGCGGCGAUGAGUAAAAUAGCAAAAUUAAAGUCCAGUGGUGACUCUAACGUAAAAGAUGAUAUUCGUGAGCUGCAAAUUCAAACGUCACUGGCUUUUAUAGAACUGAAGAAACUAAAUCGCAUGGAAAAAUUCCGUACAAAAUCUGCACGAGACUCUCUAGUGGCUGCAAAGAGUAGCGUUGAUAGCAGACAUUUGCAUUUACAGAAUCUAUUGUAUGAAGUGAUGCAUUUGAAGAAAGAAGUUAUCAAAUGUCUUCAAUUCAAAUCUAAAGAUGAAUUGAUAGAACUUGUUUCAGAAGAAGAAUUUUAUAAAGAAGCUCCAGAAAGUAUCUCACGACGUGAAAUAACAAAGAAUAAUUCCCAUCAACUGAGACUGGCUCGUUUAGAAUGGGAACUGACACAACGAAAGCAAUUGGCAGCAUUGUGCGAUGAAUUGACAGAGAGUAAAAAGGCAGUAGCAUCCAGUAUUGAAACGAAACAGACUCGUUUGGACAAUCUUGCGCCGCAAUUGCGCUCUAUAUUGGAAGCGAGCAAACCGUUACAAGAAAGUCUUGGAUUGCCAUUGGAUAAAAUUCGCCAGGAGCAUCAAAAAGCAUCGUUGCUCGCAUCACCACUCUAUGUGUUGUAUGCAAAAGCGUCUGCUUACAGAGAUGCUUAUGAUAAUACGUUGCUAGUCAAGGUGGAAGGUGACGAGGACGAAGCAAAACGCGCAAACAAUCAUGACGGUUUACAAGAGUCUGAUUCGGAUCCUGAGAGUCAGUUGGAAAGUAUUGUGGAAGAAACACUCGUGCAUAAGAAAAGACAUCACAGAUUAUCCCGGGAAGCGAGGCAAGAAGAGAAACGAUCUAAACUAUUACAACGUCAUCCGUUACAUGUAAAAAUACUUAUCACAUUAAAAAAUGAGACAAGGCUGACUCUUCACUUUUUUUACAUGGUAUAUUUAAAAGUCGUUACAGUAGAGUCAAAACUCGAAACAGAAGACUUGGGAGGUAUUAGUGCUGGAGACAUGCUAGUAUCCGAGUCGGUUCUUCGCGAAUUGUACCCACGGGAUUUAGGGUUGGAGAGUCCGAAUCCUGCCAAUCAAUAUCAGUUGUCGCGGCAUAACUUGGGAUCAUUUUCGUCUUUGGGACUAGGCAUUCCUUACAGAUGGGCACAAAGAAUGGCUGGUCUACACUUUGUCUCGUGUGACAUGAGCGAACAACAACAAAAGCUGACGAGUCAAGAAUUGGCACAAGACUGUGUGGAGAGUGUGUUGAAAGAAAUUAAACGGCGCAUAAAAGCAAGGCUGGAUCUAUGUAUGGAAAUACGACAACUAGAGUCCGGCAACCUGCCAAUAUUUAUAAGCACGACGGAUCCCGUGCCACAAAAAAUCUCAACGUCGUUGCAUCGAUUCACGACUAUGACCUGGAAAAGUUACUCAAAUUAUGUUGCUUCACCAGAAUUUUAUCAACGGGGAUUAGUGUUGUCUGUAGACAUCUUUUACGAAGCUGUACUUCGUCGCGGCAGUAGCGAACUCGUGGCCAGGAUUGCUAUCAAGCCAGAUUACCCUAAGAUAGCACCAGUAUUUAGCAUAAGCAUAAGUCCAACAGUGCCAGCGUCCGCCGAUAUCAUUAGAGAUAUCGAAAGGGAAGUCAAUGUGAUGUGGACCAAGUCCCCAACAUUGACAGCGCAAAUACAACGACUGAGAGCAUGUUUCGACAUCUAUCUGGAAACUGAGAGCAUGGCUCCGAAGGAAAAGAUAUUCUUCUAUCCUGUAAGAGGACGGACUCGCGCUCGGCCAUACAAAUAUUUAUCGUUGGGCGGAGAAAUAAAUUUUAAGGAACAACCUCCUUUAUUCUUAAUCUUGCUACACUGGUCUUGCAAGGAAGAUUGUAGUUACAUUUGCACAUGGAGGACCAUUGAUUACUUCGUAUCUCGUGGUUUGAACAUACCACAGUUUCAUGGAAAAUGGCCAUUCAUUCGUUUGUUUGGGUGUCAAGAGCCUGCUUCAGUUUUAUUCUCUAUACUAAAUUUGUGUGCACAUUGGAUAAUGUAUCGAAAAUUUAAAAGAAGGAUAGAUCAAACCAAUCCUAUGUUCUACGCUUGGACAUAUUUCAAUAUUAUAUGUUUAAACGGAUGGUUUUGGUCAACCGUAUUUCAUUCACGGGACUGGCCAUUUACAGAAGCUAUGGACUAUUCUUGUGCGUUUAGUAUGGUACUUACACUCUUAUAUUGCAUGCUUUUAAGGAUAACAAACAAGGGAACUAAAACAUUUAUUAUAAUAACUUGUGGAUAUGUGAGCAUUUUGUGUACACAUUUGUCACAUUUAUGGUCAGGCAGAAUUAAUUAUGGUUAUAAUAUGAUGCUUAAUGUAGCGAUAGGAUUAGCGACUGUCAUGAUAACAAUGCUGUGGUGGUAUUUUAACCGCAUUAAGUUGCCUUACGUAUACUUAAUCGCUUGGUUCAAUAUAUUAACUAUUUUCGUGACUCUACUCGAGUUGGCAGAUUUUCCUCCUAUUUUUUGGAUAUUUGAUGCCCAUUCCUUGUGGCAUGCUAGUACUGUUCCCUUGACAGUAUUAUUAUAUAGGUUUGUGAUCGCAGAUUGCUGUUAUCUGGAAAAGUAUUGUAACAAAUCAUUUUUAGAUAUCGAUCGUCAUAGGCAGUAAUUUCAUAAUACAUAAUGCUGAUCUAAGUAGGUCUACUCAAAUACAU